AUGACCCGCCGAGACAUUCGGCUAACUUACCGUGCUGUGGGAAGUAGCACCGGGCAGAGGGAGUUCACCCAAAGCUCCGACAACGACUACGCUGCGGGCUUGACAGACUUUGGCUCUGGAGACAUCCCUAUGACGAACGCUCGUUGGACAGGCUUGCAGACUGCUGGGAGGGGCGCUGUUCAUGUGCCCUUUGCCUUGGGAGCCAUCGGCAUUUUCCAUUCCGUGCCAGAAGGCGAGGUCGGUGCUCAGGGUCUGAAGCUGAAGCCCUGCGUCCUGGCCAAGAUUUUCAGCGGCGCUAUCACGGAGUGGACCGACCCGGAGAUUGCCGUCGACAAUCCCGGAAUGGCCGGCAUCCCGGCGGGGACCAAAAUUCAGGUCGGGCACCGAAACCUGGGCUCAAGCAGUACCUCAGGCGUGUCGGGGUACUUGGUCGCUGCCACGGCAGCUGCCGGCUGCACCUCCGACUGGACACUGGGCUCGGGCUCUACGUUGACCUGGCCAUCGGCACCCACCCACACCAACUUCCACCCAGUGGAGGGCUCGGGUGGGAUGACAACUCACAUCGCCUCGACGAAGUAUGCCAUCGGCUAUAUUGAUGCAGGCCACGGCCACCAGCGAGGCUUCUCGGAAGUCCAUUUGCAAAACCCUGCCGGCACUUGGCUGACAUCCAAGAUGGCCAUGGAGAGCGGUGCUUCCCCCGCACAGAACGGCAUCGCAGCUGCCGGUGCUCAAGCGGUCACUGCUGGCAGCAUUCCUGCAGAUGCUGCCGCCGACUGGAGUGCCGUGAACCUUUACAACCAAGGUGGCACCGACACGUGGCCCAUCGUCCUGGUUUCCUACAUUUAUGUGACUACGGAUAUGUCUUCUUGGUCAGUCGAUAAGGCGUCCUUGUUGAAGACCUUCGUCGAUUACGUCACUGAGGCAACAAAAGGCCAGGAGUUGCUUGCCGAGUACUCCUUCAACCCUGUACCAUCACAGAUGAACACCUGGGCCACGGUCUGGUCUUCCAAGAUCACGAAGCCGGCAGGCUAUGCUGACGUGUUCUCCUUCGAGGACUCGACUAAUGCUUGGACGGGGCAAGCACUGAACGUCAUCAGCGUGAAGAGGAACACUUACUCGCUUUGGAGGGCCCACGAGCUUGAGCUGGCAAACGAGGCUUUGGAGGCACGUGUCCAAGCCCUCGAGCAACACUUGGACGACUUCGGCGUGGUCCCGCUGCACGGCAGUGGCACCACCAACCCCCGCAAUUGGUUUGCCCAGGUGAUGAAGCAGAUGGAGCACCGUGCCCGUGCUCCUCUUCUCUUGACUUACCGUGCAGUGGGCAGUAGCACUGGUCAGAAGGAGUUCACAGGCCAGGCGAGCUCCGGAUGGGCGAGCUACAACCACUUCGGUGCCGGGGACAUUCCCAUGACGGAGGAGCGUUUCGACUCAAUGGCUGCUCAAGGGAUCACGAUGUUGCAUUUGCCCUUUGCCCUUAGUGCGAUCGGCAUCUUCCACAGCGUGCCUGCAAGUGAACUAGGCGGCGCUUCACUGCAGCUCCCAGACUGCUUGCUCGCUCGUGUCUUCGGUGGUGACAUCACCACCUGGGACCACCCGGACAUCAAGGCAGUUAAUCCUGGACUGAGUGUCCCUGCAGGCACGGUCAUCAAGGUUGGCCACCGGACUGCAGGAUCUAGCAGCACCACUGGUUUGACGUCCUACCUCAAGCAGAAGUGCGAAGGCACUGGCUGGACCCUUGGAUCUGGCUCCACCGUCACGUGGCCUACAAGUUCAGGGUUUACCCCAGUGCAGGGGUCCCAGGGCAUGCAGCAGCACAUCUCUGACACGCCGUAUGCCAUUGGCUACUUGGAUGCAGGCCACGGGCAUCAGUAUGGCUUCGGCGAGAUUGCUCUGAAGAACAAAGCCGGCCGAACUCGGACAUCGAAGGAGUCCAUGGCGCUGUCACCAUCGGGUGUGCAAGAGGCCGGAACACAGGGAGUGAACUCCGGGACAUUCCCCAGCUUGCCAAACGUCGACUGGAGUGCCGUGAACCUUUACGACAUGGAAGGCGACAACACUUGGCCCAUCGUGCUUGUGAGCUACCUCUAUGUCCGGAAGGAUCAGACCAAGACCAAUCCGAAGACUGCUGCCGCGUUGCAGGCGUUCUUGCAGGUCAUCCUGAACGACGACGAAGGCCUGGCCGCAGAGUUCCUCUUCACUCCUCCAAGUGCUGCGGUGAAGGCCGUGGCGCAAGCGGGUGCAGAUCAGAUCCUGUACCCUGCCGGCAUGAAGAGCUUCGCUUUCGAGUCAAGCACUGCGGCUUACACUGGAAUGGGUGACAACAUCAUCAGUGUCAAGCGCACUUCCUUCGAUGACUACCAGCGCGGCCUGUUGUUCAAGGAGGUCGAUGACAUGAAGUCCCAGCUCGCACAGCUCGCACAGGCUGCUCCGCAAGAGGGAACCGCCGCCCCAAGUGAAGACUCAACAGGUACAGCUGCCCUUGCAGUUGCCAUCAUUGCUGCCGUCCUCGCCGCGAUGGCCUUGCUGGUUGGAUGCUUCGCUUACUCUAAGGGUCGAAGCGCAGCAGCUGGAGCUAGCGGGACGAUGCUGGGACGCCCUGAGGUUUGA